GUGCGCGCGAGGCCGAGAAGUGCCGUGAGCGUGCUGGAGGGUGGUUGGGGGAUUGGUUGUGUCGUUGAUUAGGCUAAAAGCUUUUUUUGGAAAGAGCUGUACUGUGAGCUAUUUGCAUCAUGGGCAAGGUAAAUGUGAGGCAAAAGGGUCGGAACAAAGCCUACAGAUGGGCAAAAGGACACAGCUCAGAUUCAAACCCACCACUGAAGAAAUUCAGAGCCACCGCACAAGCAGGCUUCUUCCAGCCUCUCGCCGAACCAAAAAAGGGUGGGCUGACGGCGGACGCGCUGUCCAAGCACGACGCCGUGCUGGGCGUGUCCGAGCUGCGCACCAUCGAGGACAUCGAGGAGGAGGAGGAUGCUCUGACCGAGGGCGCGCUCACGCUCGGCUCCAUCGGCCAGGCCUCCUUCAAGACGUUCGCCACCGACUUCACCCAGUGCACGGUGCCCUCGUUCAGCAAACUGCUGACAACUAUAAGAAAAGAUUCACCUAUUUAUAACGAAAUGCUAGCAAUAUUAGCAGCUGUUACGGAAGUGGUGAAAGAUCAGGGAGGACAAGAAACUAUCACCGAAUAUUUCGGGGCUUUGAUGUCGGUGCUGGAGUCGACCGACGAGGAGGGCAUCCAGCAGCAGGCGGUGUGCCAGCUGCUAUCGCUUGGCAUCCGACACACGCCGCGACCCGUGCUCGUCGCCAAGUUCUCGCUCUGCUCGAAGCUGCUGAUGUCGCGACUGGAGGCCGUCAUGGCCACGGGCACCGUGCUACUCAUCAAAUCGCUGCUGGAGUGCAUGGCGGUGCUGCUGCGGGCGCAGCCGGCCGCCGUCUGGGGCGAGCCAUCUACCAUGCAGAUGUAUGGCGGCAUCCUCAGCUUCGUCAUCCACACCCGACCCAAGCUAGCGGCCCCGCCAACCUGGUGGCGGCCCAGCUAG